AUGCCAAAUCCACCAGACUCGGCCGAGGAACGGCUGCAUUUGUCAUCCCGAAUCAGAGGCGCUGCUGUCUCUGGCGCCAUCAUGGCGGGCCCACGAAUUGAUGUCGAUGAUCGAGACCGUCCGCUACAGUCCAUCGUCUCUGAGAGUGGAAAGGGUCUGGUUGCUCAGCUGCUAGACGUCCAGAGAGCCAUCGUCGACCAAUCAAAACCUCUUCAAUUCGUCAGGAAAUUAGAUGUCCUUUACUUCGAACCAGACAACAAACGCGGUGCAGAAAGCGAUGAUACUCGUUCUCCGGGGAAAUGGCGACGUUGGAAAGGAUUCAAUGCCGAGGAGAGGAGCGACUACAUCGCUGUGUCUUGGACAUGGAAUCCCGCGCAGGGUGAAGACCCGAGGUCCGGAGGCUUCCAGGUAGAGACAUCAUUGAAAGAUGACUUUCAACCGUCAGGAGUGCGCGACAAGGUCUUCGAAAGAAUUCGGCAUUACACAAAUGCCCAGCAAGAACAUCUGAAGUACGUGUGGAUAGACCAGCACUGCAUCGUCCAAGAAGAAGGGCCAGAAAAGACCCAAGGAAUGCAAGCGAUGGACCUGGUCUACGGACUGAGCGGCCACCCAAUCUCCCUUCUCGCAAGACUGAUCAAUUCCAAGGAGGACGUGCGUCUCUUGGCCGACAUCCUCGAAGGCGCUUUUACUACCCACAUAACGGGUUCUGCGGAGUUCAGGCUGAGUCCCCUGGCGGUAUCAUCGUCGCAGGUACUUCGGGAUGCUAUGGACCUUCUGGAAGCAAUCACAUCCGACUUGUGGUGGAGCAGGGCCUGGACCUUUCAGGAGAAGUAUCUCAGCGAAAGCAAGAUGAAGCUCCUGAUCCCCCACUCCCCGGAGCUUGAAAAGGAGAAGAGGCAUAAGAAGAAGGUCUUCGGCACAGCCGUUGGCGAGCUAUGCAUCAAGUCUAUCGACUUUCAUAGACAGGUGACUCAGCUUUGCCUAGCCUGUAAGAAAGAGAGGCCGGAUCUGGCCGCCAGUGCAGAUCGCAUUCUCGGAAAGGCCUCCAACUACGAGGUCUUGCUCAGAGAUACGGCCCCUGACGCACAGUACCUGACUCGAUGGUCCCAGUCGCCGAGGAUAAUCAAAGACAUUGAGCCACGUGAAAGCAAAUUUUGCUCCGACAGGCUGGCGAUCAUCGCCAACUGCUGCCAAUAUUCCACCAGGCUGGACGAUGUGAAAUUGCGGAGAGGCGAUCACAGUGUAAGCCUGGCCCUGCUGGCUUUGUACCUUCUCAACGGGGAGAUGAUGAAAAAUGAGCCUUUGGACAAAGAGCACAAACAAGAUUGCUUGCAGAAGACGGUCUCGAGCUUUAUCGAGGAUGAAUCCUUUGAUGGGUUUUGUCCGCCACACUCCAAGAAGCCGCUUCUCUUCAACAAAGGAUGUCGUUUCAACAACGUCGUGCUCACACCCCGAGGUAUGCUAACCAAGGGUCACCUGUGGAAACUUCAUCUUCGUUUCCAGGUUCCGCUUGAUCAAUUUCCAUCCAGGAAAGAUGACAGGAACCCACUGGCUAGACAAGACUAUGUACUUUGGCGGCUGAGCCAGCUUCAGCAUGUGCUGGAGUUACUUGGGUACACGCCAAUUGCAAAAGAACUUGCAAAAUUCAUCGACAAGAGCCUGCAUUUCGAUUACAAUGAGUCGUUUUCUCGAUGGUACAUGAGAACCAUGGCCAAAAUGGUGGUGGCCGCGAUGGAUGCUUAUAAGCCGCUCUGUCUUGGGGGGAUUCUGGAGGGUGACAGCGAUUUUUCUUACAAGGGCAUCUUCAUACUUGACGAUUGCGAAGAAUUCCCAGCGUAUAGCGAGUGGGACACUGACGAGGAUUGGUCGGCAGAAGAAGAAGAUGCUGUAGACCAGCUUGAAUCAGAAUUCGGCAGCGGCAGCAGCAGCAGCAGCGACAGCGACAGCGACAGAGAGAGUGAAUCCUCGUACGGGUUCACCAUCAACACACCCAAGCCUUGGACGGAUGAACCAAUAUAUGUCUUCACCUCAUCCAAACCCAAAGAAGAGGCAUCUCGAAAUUCGUACCCCAACGAUAUUGACAAACAUGUCUCUAUUGAGAUUGAAUCACAGGGAGCUCCAUUAGAGGAUGGCUAUCACCGUCCAAACUUGGUCACGAAGAGAUGGAUCAAUGGUCUGUGUUUCUUCCGCGGUCAUCCUCGACAAGAGGUUAUUUUCCCCUGGCAUCCCGCUUUGACAACCCAUCGCGGCGUCUAG